AUGGAGAAGAGACCAGAACCAGCUGAACCAGGACCAAACCAGGACUAUCCCAGGUCUAAACCAGGUUCUGGCCCCAGCAGAGUCUCUCUGAGCGGUACCAUCUCCAAACUCUUCAACAUCAACUUUAAAAAACACCAACGUGGGGCGUCUGCACAGCUCAGAGACAGCAGCGCCCCCUAUGGAUCCACCGCAGAGUCUCUUAAAAGUAACCACUCCAAAGGCUGGAUGCCAGACUUUAAAGACUCACAUCAGAGAGACGAGGAUCUGAGCGUUCCCAUUGGUCAGGAGCCUCAGGUGGAGCUGGACUCCAUCUUCCAGAUUCUGGAGGAGCAGGUCCUGAGCUUUGUCCAACAGCAGCUGCAGAGGCUCCACAGGCUCCUGGCUUCAGAUUACCCAGAAUGCUCUGAGAGUGAGGAGGAGGAGAGCAGAGAGGUUCUGAACAUCACUCUGGACUUCCUGAAGAGGAUGGACCAGGAACAUCUGGCCCAGCGCCUGCUCAGCAGGAGUAAAGUUGGAUUCAGAGAUAAACUGAAGUCUGAUCUGCAGCAGAGGUUCAGCCGUGUGUUUGAGGGGAUGGUUAAAGCAGAAGAUUCUGCCCCCUUGACCCAGAUCUACACAGAGCUCUACAUCACAGAGGGCGGAGCCUCAGAGGUCAACCAGGAACAUGAAGUAAGACACAUGGAGACAGCGUCCAGGAGACCUGCCACUCCAGAGAUCAUGAUCACGUGUGAAGAGCUCUUUAAAGCCCGGUCACAUUCACCAGAACCAAUCAGAUUUGUGCUGACAAAGGGCAUGGCCGGCGUGGGGAAAACGGUGCUGACUCAGAAGUUCAGUCUGGACUGGGCUGAAGGCCGGGCCCACCAGGACCUCGAGCUACUGUUCCCCUUCACUUUCAGAGAUCUGAACGUGCUCAGAGACACACAGUUCAGCCUGGUGGAGCUGCUGCACCACUUCUUCAGUCCAUCCAAAGAUCUUUGCAGCUUCCAACAGCUCCAGGUGCUCUUCAUCUUUGAUGGUCUGGACAAGUGCAGACUUCCUCUAGACUUCACCCAAACCCGGGUCCUGACCAACCCCGCAGAGUCUGCCUCAGUGCACGUGCUGCUGGUGAACCUCAUCAGAGGUCACCUGCCUCCCUCCGCUCGCCUCUGGAUAACCACACGACCCGCGGCGGCCAAUCAAAUCCCUGCUGAGUGCGUCUCCAUGGUGACAGAGGUGCGAGGGUUCACCGACCCACAGAAGGAGCAGUACUUCAAGAAGAGGUUCAGAGACCAGGCCACAGCUGUCAUCUCCCACAUCAAGAGCAUUCGCAGCCUCCACAUCAUGAGCUACAUCCCAAUUUUCUGCUGGAUCCUCUCCACAGUUCUACAGAAGCUUCUGGAACAAACAGAGACACUGGAGCUGCCCCAUACUCUCACACAGAUGUACAUCCACUUCCUGGUGGUGCAGGCCAAAGUCCAGAACAUCAAGUAUCACCAUAGAUCAGGGGAGGACCUUCACUGGACUCCAGAAACCAGGAAGAUGGUGAAGUCUCUGGGAAAACUGGCCUUUGAGCAGCUGCAGAAAGGAAACCUGAUCUUCUACGAGAGUGACCUAAGUGAGUGUGGACUGGACGCUGCAGCGGCCUCAGUGUACUCCGGAGUGUUCACACAGAUCUUUAGAGAGGAGCCAGGCCUGUACCAGGACAAGGUCUACUGCUUCAUCCAUCUGAGUGUGCAGGAGUUUCUGGCUGCUCUUCAUGUCCAUCAGACCUUCUACAGCUCUGGAGAAAACCUGCUGGAACCACCACACUCCUUGGAGAGCUCAGAAUGUACCAGUCAAGAGCCACAUUCAGAUUCAAUGAAGGAUGUCCCUGUCCCCACUGUGAGUUCUGAAGCAGAAGAAACAAGACCAAAAGAGUCAACAGUCAGAAAGAGAAAGCGACAGAGUCAGUCACAGUCUAAUAGACAAACUUCUCAAAGUCCUGAGUCUGGAUUAAAAUGCUUCAAACUAGAAACAUCUGAAAGUCCAAAACCUAAGGAGUCUGAGGACUAUUCUGAUACAAAGAUCUCUGCUGUCCCCUCCAUGACACCAGAGGCAGCCUUCUACCGUUCUGCUGUGGACCAGGCCUUACAGAGCCCAAACGGACACUUGGACCUGUUCCUGCGCUUCCUCCUGGGGCUGUCUCUUUGGACCAAUCAGAGGCUGCUGCAGGGUCUGCUGACUCUCACAGGAAGUUACCGGACCAAUCAGGAGACAGUAAUGUUCAUUAAACAGAAGCUGGAUGAAGAGGGUCUGUCUGCAGAGAGAAGUCUGAACCUGCUCCACUGUCUGAACGAGCUCAACGACCACAGUCUGGUCCAGGAAAUACAGAAGAACAUGAGAGAAGAACAUCUCUCUGACAAAACCAUGUCUCCUGCUCAGUGGUCUGCUCUGUCCUUUGUCUUACUGUCCUCAGACUCAGACCUAGAGGAGUUUGAUCUGAGGAAAUAUCAGCGCUCAGAGACAGCUCUCCUCGGUCUGCUGCUGGUGGUCAGAGCCUCCACCAAAGCCCUUCUUUGUGGCUGUGGCCUGUCCCCUCACAGCUGUGCUCCUCUGGCCUCAGUCCUCAUCUCCUCCAGUCUCACACAUCUGGAUCUCAGUCACAACGACCUCCAGGACUCAGGAGUAGAGCUGCUGUGUUCUGGAUUGAAGAGCGCCAUCUGCAGACUGGAGACGCUCAGGCUGUCUGGAUGUCUGGUCUCAGAGAGAGGCGGUGCUGCUCUGGCCUCAGCUCUGAGCUCCGCCUCCUCUCAUCUCCAAGAGUUAGACCUGAGCUACAAUCAUCCAGGACCCUCAGCAGAGCUCCUGACAGCUCUACGGGACCAGCGCCCCCUGCUCUCUGUCAGGGUGGAUCCUGCUGGAGAGCGCUGGAUGGUCCCAGGUCUGAGGAAGUACUCCUGUGAUGUCUCUCUGGACCCAAACUCAGCUCACAGAUGCCUGCUUCUGUCUGAGGACCAUCAGACUGUGACACGUGUGAAGGAGAAGCAAAAGUACCCAGAUCAUGACGACAGGUUCACAGACCACCCUCAAGUCCUGAGCUGCUCUGGCCUAACAGGGCGCUGUUACUGGGAGGUGGACUGGAGCGGGAGGGUUGAAAUAGCAAUGAGUUACAGAGAGAUCAGACGGAGAGGAUGGGGACUGGAGUGUGUGUUCGGACACAACGUUCAGUCCUGGAGUCUGUGGAUCUCUGAUGGUGGAGUGUACUAUAUGUGUCACAACAGCAACACAACACAACUCCGCCGCUCCUGUCACUCAGAGAGAGUGUCCUCUGGCAACGGGGACGUGUCCUCUGGUGAAGGGGGUGUGUCUUCUGGUGAAGGGGGUGUGUCCUCUGGUGAAGGGGGUGUGUCCUUUGGUGAGGAGGGUGUGUCCUCUGGCAAAGAGGGUGUGUCCUCUGGUGAAGGGGGUGUGUCCUCUGGUGAAGGGGGUGUGUCCUUUGGUGAAGAGGGUGUGUCCUCUGGCAAAGAGGGUGUGUCCUCUGGUGAAGGGGGUGUGUCCUCUGGUGAAGGGGGUGUGUCCUUUGGUGAAGAGGGUGUGUCCUCUGGCGAAGAGGGCAGGUUCUUUGGUGAAGGGGGCAUGUCCUCUGCCGAAGGGGGCACGUCCUCUGGUGAGGGGGGCUUGUCCUCUGGUGAAGGGGGCACGUCCUCUGGUGAAGGGGACGUGCUCUGUGGCAGAGUGGGCGUGUUCCUGGACUCUGAGGUUGGAGCUCUGUCCUUCUAUGAGGUCUCCUCUGAUGGAGAACUGUUCCACAUCUGGACCUUCUCCUCGUCCUUCUCUGAGCCCCUGUUUCCUGUUUUUUUAUUGGAUGAUGAUUCCUCUGCGACUCUUGUGAAAGAGUUGAGACAAAACAGAAGAGAAACUGGACUUGUCCCAUGAUGAGGACACAACAACGAGAAUAAAAGAUAAAGAGAAAUAAGAAGACAAAAUGGAUUCAAUGUCACUGUUGAAAUUUGACUUUGACACAAAUAAAGACUCUAAACACAGAAACUGAACGAGGCCAAAGCAACGACUGGAACAGUUCUUCACUUUGACUGUUUUGGACCAGAUAAUUCUGUUGGGCUUAGUUAAAGAGGGGGUAUGUGACUUCUGUGCGGUAUUAAAGAGGGGUUAUGUCUGUAUUUUUUAUCAAAGUCUAAGUAUGAGGGCAAUGGCAGCUCCAUUCAUGAAUUCUACCAGCAGGGUCCUGUUAGAUAUUUCUACUGCUCCACCAAGGUUUUCAAAACCUAUGGAGCAGAAGCGCAAACUGGAGCUGAGGCAGGGUCCAAACAGCCCCCACAUCCAUACAAGCUUCCCCAAACUAGCAGGAAAGUACAUCUACUGCCCUGCUAAAGUGUUCUCCUUGUAUAGAGAGCAGGGGAUGGAGAAGGAGAGGAGCUGGAGGGAGUUCCAUCAAUCUCCUUUUUAUGUGAAGGAGAAGCAAAGGUGGGAAAAGAUGUAGAUAGACGGAGACAUAGAUACAUAUGUUCAUUUUAAUACCAAUUUAGAAAUGUUAAUAUUACCUGUUUAUAACCGGUAACACAUAUACAUAUUUUUAUUUGUUUAUUAUAAGAAUACUGUUACACUACACAAUAUAUUACUCAAAUAAGAGUACUGUUUUGACUGCAAAAGCAUUUUCAAAAAACUCUUAACUACAAAUCUUACCAAUUACAUUUUAAAUACAUAAAUUCAACAGUA